AUGCCUGCCGUGAAAGCUCCUGCCAAAGCUCUUGUUACCGGUGCCAACGGUUACCUCGCCGCCUGGAUCGUGCGCCACUUGCUCGAGCAGGGAUACAACGUACGCGGGACGGUACGCAAUGCGGAAAAGGGCGAGGCUCUCAAGCGCGCCUUUGCCGAGUUCGAAGGGAAGCUUGAGUACACCAUUGUCAAGGACGUUCUUCAGGAAGGCGCAUUCGACGCGGCAGUUGAGGGUGUGGAUCUCAUUGUGCACUCCCUUUCGCCCGUCAUCAUAAGCAACGUUCCCGAUGACGUCAUCCCGCCUGCGGUCAAGGGUACAGUGGGCAUACUUCAAUCGGCGAAGAGGCAUCAAGAUACUGUGAAGCGUGUCGUCGUCACUGGCUCGGUCGCAACGAUCAUCCAGUUCCCUCCCGUUCCGAAAGUAUGGGACGAAUCCACAGUCAAUGAGUCCUCUAUCGCGGCGAUCGAGCAAGGGUCCACGAAUCCAGGCAUUAUCUACUGCGCUUCGAAAACGAUGGCGGAGAAAGAGGCCUGGGCAUUCAUCACCGCCCGCAUGAGCUUCUUUUAG